ACAGCACGAGCGAGUUCGCGUUGCAAAUGACUGAUUUUGUUUUAAAUUGCAGUGCGUAGAAAGAAGCUGUUCUGCUUUGGGUGCAUUUGCUAUGCGCAUUACGGCUACAUCUCUUAUUGAAGCAUUUGCUUAAGCAACUACGGCAGACAACGGGUUCCGUACGUCAACCAAAACAAACCCCACACAGCGACUGGUGUCUCCGGAACUGGUAGCAACGGGGUUUACCCACGGGCGAGUGACUCGUCAGUGAACGAACACCGAAGCGAAUCGCUGAGCAACGACGACGACGUGAAAACCCACACCAAGGCGUGCGAUGCAGCAGCGACGACGAUGAAUCACUAUUUAUCCGUGUGGAGCACCAGACAAACUGCGCCACCAGAAGUGACCCGGACCGAAACUGAACGAAAGCGAGAAGUAGCCGGGAACACUGCCACCGUUGGCAGUUAGAUUCGUUUUCGGGCGGCCUGCGUUUUUUUAGUUUUUUAGUGCUUCCGCCGGUUAGGGAGGAAGAUUCCCCAGCCGCUAUGUCCAAUUUAUAUUUGCUUCCGAUUUCCGUGUUUCUGUUGUUCAACUUUACCUUCAUCGGGACGUACAUUGCGGCGGUGCUGCAGGGCCAUGUGGUGCCAACGGUGCCGUAUAUUAGCGAUGCCGCUACCUAUUCGCCGGAAAGCUGUGUCUUUGGCCAAUUUAUCAGCAUGGGCUGCGUAUUGCUGGGCAUAACUAUAUACGUGCGGUACCGGCAGAUACAGGAGAUUUCGUUCCGCCAUAGCGAUGUGCGACAGGCACUGGGGAACUAUAGCAAGACUGCCUUUUGGAUCGGCAUCGGGUCCUGUCUUGGGAUCAGCGUCGUCGGUAACUUCCAGGAGACGAACGUUCGCAUUGUGCACUAUGUCGGGGCGUUUCUGGCGUUCGGACUGGGCACGGUGUACUUCUGGAUCCAGUCGUACAUCUCCUACUACAUUCAGCCGUACAUGGGUACGAUGGCGAAAGCGAACCUGCGCCUGGUGCUGUCCGUCGUGUGCACCAUCUUCUUCAUGAUUGUCGCGGUGACAGGAGUGAUUUCACACAUUCUCUUCAACGGGACCGAUCCGCGCAAGUGGUACCCAUCGGACGGUGGCUGGGAGUACCACGUGGCCAGUUCGAUCUCGGAGUGGAUCGUGGCGACCACGUUCUGCUUCUACGUGCUUACCUUUACAGACGAGUUUCGCACGAUGCGCUUCGCCCCACCACCGCUCAUCUUUCUCGAAAUCGAAUCGUCUCGCCUGUUCGAACCAGUCAUCAACGAUCAACCGGUGGCGGUUAUCUCGUGAUUUCAACCAUCCCACGGCGACUCUACACAUCGGCCUAGCAGCAGCGCCAGCAACAGCAGCCACAAGCAAUCAACAUUCAACCGCAAGCGUUCGUACAGCGAAUCUGAUCUCCACGCGUUCUGCAGUUCUAGCACCGACGCCGAGCGUUUAGUGAUACUCGCUCGCCCUUCGAACCAGCGGCAUAGCUGUGUAACCACCGCCCACAAGCUAGUUUCUCUGUCGCUGUCGCUGAUGCUUAUCGCCGUGCUAGAGUCGUUGCACUCUCUAACAGUUUACUUUAGUGACAGCUUGCGCCAAGGCUUUAUUUGAGUCGUCUUCGAAGGUUUUAAACUUUAAAGCAACAGAGGAUUUGGGUUUUACAUUAUAUAUUUUUUUCUGUUUCCUACUUCCUCCAACACCCCAGUGAUACGUUUAUGUUUAGUUGUUGGCCAGCCUUAAUUACGUUUCCCGGCUACCACUUCGAUUUACCUGUAUUAUGUUAUAAAUGGCGAAUGUGGUUAUGAGCCGUGCGAGAAAUUCAAAGAAAACAUAAGCGCUGUGCUAGGAAAUACUGUGCUGAACACUAAAAUUGGAAUGAAUGAAAUGUUUUGUUUUGAAAUAAAAACAAUUA